AAUCCAUUGGAGAUAUCGAAACAGUAUGAGAAGCCUAAGGACUAUCGACUGAAGUUUUCAGUGGCCAAUCAGAUAUCAAGCGCUGCCCGGGAUGUGUCGGUCACUGUCAUCGAGAUCGAUUGCAAGCCUCCGCUCCUAAGUAUCCGAAACCGAGUGACGAAUUGGCGAAAAGGCAUUGAGUUCUGGAAGUCAAAGCCCAUCCAACUCUUCUCCAAAACCAUAGUCGACUGCAACGCCACGACAGUCGUCACCCGCGUGUGGGACGCCUAUAGACUGGAGGAGGAGAACGGGACGGUAGCCGAACGGGUCGACCUGUCGGAGCUGGACUCGUACCGCAAGAGUUUUCUAUAUGUGCCGCCGUUUUUUCUACCGGACGGGUACUACAAGUUCCAGUACUCCAUUAACAUGACCAGCCCUGAGCCACACCCACUCCUACCGUUUUACGCGUCGGCCUAUACUUUCGUUAAAGUGGUUCGCAGUCCUAUCGCCGCACAGUUAGCCGAAGGGGCGCAGUCACGUGUCAUCAGGGGAUGGGGUCAGAGGUGA